AUGCCCACAUCGAGUUCCUCGUCGGCCAAGGGGUUCCGCAGAGCGGUGUCGGAGCUGGACUCCAAGCAAGCCGAGGCAGUGACGUCCCACCACUUCAUCGGACGCAGACAGUCAUUGAUUGAAGAUGCUCGGAAGGAGCGGGAGGCAGCUGCUGCCGCUGCAGAGUCAGCAGAUUCGGGGGACCAGCUGGUGUUUGAAGAGAAGAAUGGCAGAGCCAUGGUUAACCUGUUCUUCACUCUCUGCUGCAGCAAGGGAUCUGCACUCUCCCGCACCCUUAAAGUGUUUGAGACCUUUGAAGCUAAGAUACAUCACAUUGAAACAAGGGCAUCCAGGAAAUCUAAAGAUAACCCAGACAUAUUAGAAUUCUUCAUCCGCUGUGAAACUAACAGCUCGGAUAUCAGCACCUUGGUCAGUUCCUUGAAAAGAGUUGCUGAAGAAGUAAAAACAACAAAAGAAGAGAAAUAUCACUGGUUUCCAAAAAAGCUAUCAGAUUUAGACAGAUGCCAUCAACUGGUUUCAAAAUAUGACCCAGACCUGGUUGAUCAUCCGGGGUUCUCUGAUGUUAAGUACAGGGAGCGAAGGAAGCAGAUAGCAGAAAUUGCUUUAAACUAUAAGCAUGGCGAUCCAAUCCCCAGAGUAGAAUACACUGCAGAGGAAAUUGCAACUUGGAGAGAAGUGUACACAAACCUGAAAACCCUGUAUCCAACACAUGCUUGUUCAGAACAUCUGGAGGCCUUCAGGCUACUGGAGAGGCAAUGCUGUUACACUGAAGACAAUAUACCUCAACUUGAGGACGUCUCCUGCUUCUUGAAAGAACACUCGGGAUUUCAGCUGUGGCCUGUGGCUGGGUUACUUUCGGCCCGGGACUUCCUGGCAAGCCUUGCUUUUCGAGUUUUCCAGUGCACACAAUACGUCAGGCAUGCCUCCUCACCAAUGCACACUCCUGAGCCGGAUUGUUGCCAUGAGCUGCUGGGUCACGUGCCCAUCCUGGCUGACAAGACAUUUGCACAAUUCUCACAGAACAUUGGCCUCGCCUCCCUUGGAGCCACAGAAGAGGAAAUUGAAAAGCUUUCCACUCUGUACUGGUUUACUGUGGAGUUUGGACUGUGCAAGCAAAAUGGAGAAGUUCGAGCUUAUGGAGCUGGCCUGCUCUCAUCCUAUGGCGAACUAAUUCAUGCCCUGUCUGGUGAGCCUGAGUUGAGGGAGUUCGACCCCGUAGGAGCUUCAAUCCAGCCCUAUCAGGAUCAGACAUACCAGCCGGUGUAUUUUGUAUCUGAAAGUUUCAGUGAUGCUAAAGACAAACUGAGAAAGUAUGCUGCAAGUAUUAAGCGGCCAUUUUCAGUGAAAUAUGACCCAUUUACCAAGACCAUAGAAGUAUUGGACAAUCCUCAGAAAAUCAGGAAGUCGUUGGACAGUCUGAAGGAUGAACUGAAGAUGCUGGCUGAUGCAUUAGAGAUAUUAUCCUAA